GAUUAACUCCAUGCCGAUGGCCGAGAGAAAAAGAAGGAAAACAACUGAAUUUAUUUUGUCGGUUACAGUUCCUUUUCAGUGAAGUCUGAACUAUUUUUGCUGUCAUACUUUUACCCAGAAUAGAUGUUGUAGAUGAAUGAUGGCAGAGGCCAGGAAGGUAAAAACAGAUGACCUGCCACCAGUAUCUGGAGGAUUUGACCUUGGAGGUCAAACAGCUCCAAUGUACAGUACUUGGACACAGUUUAGUGGAAUGCCUAUACCUAAUCAAAAUGUUAAUGAGCAAGCUGGAAUGUUCAACUGGGAUGCCUUUACCCCUCCAAGUAGUCCAUCAACAUAUGACCCAGCAAUAGACAGUACACAGAUAAACAAAGAUCUAUUAACAAACAUUCAAAAUUUACUGUCUGUCAAUCCCAACUCAGCAUCUUUUGAACAUGAUUUACGUGCAACAGAUCCAUCACCACACAGAAAUUUAAGCAUGUCUGAUGCAAGCAAUGAUGGAAGAGACAUUUAUGCAGACGCAUAUAAUAAUUGGAAUUCAUUUUCUCAAAGUUAUGACCCCUUUGGAUCUCCUACAGUCAUUCCUAAUUCUAAUGGUGAUGUACCUAGUACCUUUAGUUCUGGAGACCAACAGUCUAGUAAUAAAAUGACAUAUUCAGAUGUUGCAAAAACAUUAAAAAGAAAACCUAUGCAAGCAACAAAGGACAAGGAAGAGACCGAUUCCUCAAAAAAGAAAACUUCCACAUCAUUUCUAUCUGCAAAGCCAUUCAAGCCUAUUAGAAAGCCAUAUUAUACAAGACAAGGGUCAAAAGGUCAUAUAAAUAACAAACAUUCAGAUGAUAUGGGAUCCCAUGUUACACCAGAUUCUAAGUAUGGUCUGGAUCAGUUUGAAGAGUUUGCUGUUAGUCAGGACCAACGCAGUGACAGUACAGAAAGUAUACCACGUGUUUUUAGUAGAAAGGGGAGCACAAGUAGUGUUAGUAGUGGAACAAGUGGAAUUGAGGAGAUACAUUUGACCAAACCUGCCCCACAGAGUUAUUCAUCAAAAACCGACACAAUUGAUGACUUCAAACUGCCUACUAGACAAACAGAAACACUACACCCUAAUAAACCUUUUUUUGAUGCAAGAAGAAUAUUUCAAUCAAAGACUUCCAAAAAAUCCACAUCAGGAAAGCCUUCUAAUGACAAUGUUACUGUUCUUAAUAAUGGAAAAGUAGGAUCCAAAGCUUCAUCAUCAGCUCACAAAAAAUCAACAGACAAUAUUUAUAUAAAUAAUGAUCUAAGUGAUUCUUACAAAAGAAACAGUGCUCAAAAUAGAGAUGGUGAAAGUAGGAAACAUGAUAAUUAUGUACAGAAUGGUAAAAUUGAUAAGAAGUCGAAAUCAGAGGAAAGCAGUAAAGACAACAAAGGACAUUUGCCUUUACAGUCUCCAUUUGACCAAGAGUAUAUAGAUGAAUGGAUCAACUUUCUGUUUGAGAAGUCCAAAGCUUUUGUGUCUUUCAUUUGGUCAGGCUUUAUAACAGUGUUGUUACUUCUUUUUGGACUAAUAGCAUACCUAGUCAGUAAUAUAGUGCUUUAUGUGAUAUGGACUUGGGGAAAAGUAUCACAUUUUGUUAAGACAAGAAUACUGAACAAAUAUUUCAAAAGGUUUUUUAAACAAUCUGAAUUGGAAAGGAGAAAACUUGGAGUAGAUGAAAAUAUAGCUUUACCCUCAACAGGUUCAGAAGCCAUGCAGCGACUUCUAGCUUGUAAAGGAAAAGACCCUUACAGUAUUUUAGGCUUACGGUAUGAUUGUUGUGAUGAUGACAUCAGGAAAUAUUACAGAAAACAAGCUAUUUUGGUUCAUCCAGAUAAAAACAAACAGCCUGGUGCAGAAGAAGCUUUUAAGAUAUUAGGACGGGCUUUCAAAUUAAUAGGAUCUACUGAUCUUAGAAUAAAGUAUGACACAGAAUUCAGACAGGCAGAUGAAGCUGAAGCUGCUAUGAAGGAAUUUAAUGAUCUGUUGACCAAACUGCAAGACAAAAUGCAAGAGGCUGCCAAUAUGAUGCGUUGUGAUAAUUGUGGAGGAAAACACAGGAGAGUAUUUAUAGAGCGACCAUGGUAUAGUGCCAGAUUUUGUAAACGGUGUAAUGUUAGACAUUCUGCCAAAGAGGGUGAUGUUUGGGCUGAGACAACAAUGUUUGGUUUCCUAUGGCAUUACUAUGCAUGUAUGGAAGGAAAAAUAUAUGAUAUAACUGAAUGGGUUGCUUGUAAGAAAGAUUUCUUUAAACAUAUGCAGGCUAGUGCCCACCAUGUGUUCUAUAGAAUAGCCACAGAAGGAAACAGAGGAGGUGCACAGCAAGGCAGGACUGGUGAAGCAGACUUGGAGGACUUUAUCAAUAAUCUGUUCCAACAAGCAAUGCAUACAGAGGGCAGUACACAAUGGCAACCUCCACAGCCUUCACAACCAAGCCAGCCUUCAGCUCAAGGGAAGAAAACAAGACGAAGAAAGAAAAAACAUUGAAAUCAAAUUUGUGCCCCAUCCAUGAUCAAUAUAGUAGAGAAAUGUGCCAUGUAUACCUAAUAUAGUGGCUUGUUAUUGUUGACUAAACUUAUAUAUAGUAAUAAGUGACUUGUUAAGAUUUUCAUUGUUAUCAACCGGUACACAUUAGAAAUUCUUGUUUUUGCAUUGUUCCAUUUUCUUUAUUUUGCUCUCUCAGCAAGUUUGAUUUAUGGAAAGGUCCAAUUGCUUUAAGUUUCUAUUUUAUUUUACUCUUUAAUCACGAUAUUUAAAUCCAUAUUUUGAAUUAAAAACCUUCUCUGUACCCAUGUAUUUGGUGAUGAGAAUAAGAAAAAUAAUACUUUUAGUGAGAUUUUUAAGUUCAGCUAUACUAUAAAAUUAUGGUUGAAUAUGAUGUUGAUUUUUUAUGAAAAUAUUGUUAAGUUUGAACCACUUUUUACUCUUACAUAAUUUAGGUAAAUGCAUAUCUCAGAAUGUUUUUGGGUAUGCAACAUUCAGCUUUCAGUCCUGUUUAGAUUCAAGAACAGGAAAUAGUACCUACCUAGAAUAUGUGUAGUGAUAGGUUAGAGAGAUCAUUUAGAUGUUCAUUUACAAUUCAACUAACAUAUAAAAGAAUUUUGACAAAGUACAGUUUGAUUAUAAAUUUAUAAAUAUUGAAAUGCUUUCUUUUCAUAUUUCAUUUUCUAGACCUUAAGUAGUUAACUUUAGUACAUGUAGAUUACAUGUAGUUUUUUGCUCUGAAAUUUGUUGCUAUUCUCGUUAUCUGGCUUCCUUCUCUAAAUAUUUCAAUAAAUUUGUAAAAUCAUUUUUAUACGACCGCAAAAAAGUUUUUGUGGUCGUAUAUUGGUAUGACGUUGGCGUCGUCGUCGUCGUCCAGCGUCGUCGUCCGAAGACGCAUUAGUUUUCGCACUCUAACUUUAGUUUAAGUGAAUGGAUCUCUAUGAAAUUUUACCAUAAGGUUCAAUACCACAAAAGGAAGGUGGGGAUUGAUUUUGGGGGUUAUGGUACCAACAGUUAAGGAAUUAGGGGCCAAAAAGGGGCAAAAAAUAAGCAUUUUCUAGUUUCCAGACAAUAACUGUGGAACGGUGUAUGGAUCUCUCUGAAAUUAUACUACAAGUUUCCAUACCACAAAGGGAUGGUUAGGAUUUGCUUUGGGGGUUAUGGCUCAAACCGUUUAAGAAUUAGGGGCAAAAAAGGGGGAAAAACAAGGUUGUCCUGGUUAAUGGACAAAUACUUUAGUACAAAACAUAAUUUAAAGCAGUGUAAGGAUGAUAAAUCAAAUACAUCAUUGAAAUUAUCUCCCUUACACUGCUUUUAAAUUAUGUAUAAAGUAAUGGUUAAUGAACAAUUAAGAUAAUUUUAAACAGUGUAAGGGAGGUAAUCCAAAUACAACGUUUUGGUUACUUCCCUUACACUGCUUUUAAAUUAUGUUUAAAGAAAUGCAUAUUUAUAAAGGAAGACCAGUAAAAAUAUCUGCAAAUGUUGCAUCUUUUUUACAACAAAAUCCAUAUGAAAGAUUUGACACUAUAUUUUAAAUUCUAUUAUAAAAUAGAUUAAGUUAGCACUAUGGUAAAUUUAAAUGGGUAAUUAUGGUUGCAAACUCCAUUGGAAAUUUGAAUUGAGAUAUUAUGACCAUAUCUUGAGGGAAAGAAUUUUUUGGGGGAAAAAAGGGGGGGGGGGGGGUUUAAAGAAAUUGUGGGGGUCAAUUUUUUCUCAUUUCAGAUUUCAGAAAUUAAAAAGAAUUAUUUUUCAAAUAUUAUUUUUAUACGACCGCAAAAAAAUUUUUGUGGUCGUAUAUUGGUAUGACGUUGGCGUCGUCGUCGUCGUCGUCGUCGUCCUGCGUCGUCCGAAGACACAUUGGUUUUCGCACUCUAACUUUAGUUUAAGUGAAUGGAUCUUUAUGAAAUUUUACCACAAGGUUCAGUACCACAAAAGGAAGGUUGGGAUUGAUUUUGGGGGUUAUGGUACCAAAAAGGGGCCGAAAAUAAGCAUUUUCUAGUUUCCAGACAAUAACUGUGGAAUGGUGUAUGGAUCUCUCUGAAAUUAUACUACAAGUUUCCAUACCACAAAGGGAUGGUUAGGAUUUGCUUUGGGGGGUUAUGGCUCAAACCGUUUAGGAAUUAGGGGCAAAAAAGGGGGAAAACAAGGUUGUCCUGGUUAAUGGACAAAUACUUUAGUACAAAACAUAAUUUAAAGCAGUGUAAGGGAGAUAAAUCAAAUACAUCAUUGAAAUUAUCUCCCUUACACUGCUUUUAAAUUAUGAAUAAAGUAAUGGUUAAUGAACAAUUAAGAUAAUUUAAAACAGUGUAAGGGAGGUAAUCCAAAUACAACGUUUUGGUUACUUCCCUUACACUGCUUUUAAAUUAUGUUUAAAGAAAUGCAUAUUUAUAAAGGAAGACCAGUAAAAAUAUCUGCAAAUGUUGCAUCUUUUUUUUUUACAAAAAAAUCCAUAUGAAAGAUUUGACACUAUAUUUUUAAUUCUAUUAUAAAAUAGAUUAAGUUAGCACUAUGGUAAAUUUAAAUGGGUAAUUAUGGUUGCCAACUCCAUUGGAAAUUUGAAUUGAGAUUAUGACCAUAUCUUGAGGGAAAGAAUUUUUUUGGGGAAAAAAGGGGGGGGGGGAUAAAAAGAAAUUGUGGGGGGUCAAUUUUUUCUCAUUUCAGAUUUCAGAAAUUAAAAAGAAUUAUUCUUCAAAAAAUUUUUUUUUUCAAAUUUCAAAUAUUGAAAAAUUUCAAGAAGUCUUUAAUUGCACAGUAUGGCGCAUUAGAUUUGUAAAAUCUUUGAUCACAUUUAUUUAUUUGUUAUGCCGAAUCUAACAGUGUAUUUAGAUUUUUAAUUUUGGGUCCAGUUUUCAAAUUGGUCUACAUUAAGGUCCAAAGGGUCCAAAAUUAAACUUAGUUUGAUUUUAGCAAAAAUUGAAUAUAUGAGGUUCUUUGAUAUGCUGAAUCUAAACAUGUAUUUAGAUUUUUGAUUUUUGGCCCAGUUUUCAAGUUGGUCCAAAUUGGGGUCCAAAAUUAAACUUUGUUUGAUUUCAACAAAAAUUGAAUAUAUGGGGUUCUUUGAUAUGCUGAAUCUAAACAUGUAUUUAGAUUUUUGAUUUUUGGCCCAGUUUUCAAGUUGGUCCAAAUUGGGGUCCAAAAUUAAACUUUGUUUGAUUUCAACAAAAAUUGAAUAUAUGGGGUUCUUUGAUAUGCUGAAUCUAACCAUGUAUUUAGAUUUUUUAUUUGUGGACCCCGUUAUCAAAUUGGUUCAUAUUGAGGUCAAAAGGGUCCAAAAUUAAACUUUGUUUGAUUUCAUCUAAAAUUGAAUUAUUGGGGUUCUUUGAUAUUCCAAAUCUAACCGUGUAUUUAGGUUUUUAAUUUUGGGUCCUGUUUUUUAAAUUGGUCUACAUUGAGGUCCAAAGGGUCCAAAAUUAAACUUAGUUUGAUUUUAACAAAAAUUAAAUUCUUGGGGUUCUUUGAUUUGCUGAAUCUAAACAUGUGUUUAGAUUUUUGAUUAUGGGCCCAGUUUUCAAGUUGGUCCAAGAUAGGGUCCAGUAUUUAAACUUUGUUUGAUUUCAACAAAAAUUGAAUAUAUGGGGUUCUUUGAUAUGCUGAAUCUAAACAUGUAUUUAGAUUUUAGAUUAUGGGCCCAGUUUUCAAGUUGGUCCAAAUUGGGGUCCAAAAUUAAACUUUGUUUGAUUUCAACAAAAAUUGAAUAUAUGAGGUUCUUUGAUAUGCUGAAUCUAACCAUGUAUUUAGAUUUUUUAUUUGUAGGCCCCGCUAUCAAAUUGGUUCAUAUUGAGGUCAAAAGGGUCCAAAAUUAAACUUUGUUUGAUAACAUCGAAAAUUGAAUUAUUGGGGUUCUUUGAUAUGCCAAAUCUAACCGUGUUUUUAGAUUUUUAAUUUGGGUCCCGUUUUUUAAAUUGGUCUUCAUUGAGGUCCAAAGGGUCCAAAAUUAAACUUAGUUUGAUUUUAACAAAAAUUGAAUUCUUGGGGUUCUUUGAUAUGCUGAAUCUAAACAUGUAUUUAGAUUUUUGAUUAUGGGCCCAGUUUUCAAGUUGGUCCAAGUUGGGGUCCAAAAUUAAACUUUUUUUGAUUUCAACAAAAAUUGAAUAUAUGGGGUUCUUUGAUAUGCUGAAUCUAACCAUGAAUUUAGAAUUUUUAUUUGUGGGCCCCGCUAUCAAAUUGGUUCAUAUUGAGGUCAAAAGGGUCCAAAAUUAAACUUUGUUUGAUUUCAUCAAAAAUUGAAUUAUUGGGGUUCUUUGAUAUUCCAAAUCUAACCGUGUAUUUAGAUUUUUAAUAUUAAGUCCCGUUUUUUAAAUUGGUCUACAUUAAGGUCCAAAGGGUCCAAAAUUAAACUUAGUUUGAUUUUAGCAAAAAUUGAAUUCUUGGGGUUCUUUGAUAUGCUGAAUCUAAACAUGUGUUUAGAUUUUUGAUUAUGGGCCCAGUUUUCAAGUUUGUCCAAGUUGGGGUCCAAAAUUAAACUUUGUUUGAUUUUAACAAAAAUUGAAUAUAUGGGGUUCUUUGAUAUGCUGAAUCUAACCAUGUAUUUUGAUUUUGGACAUUGGACCAUAAUAGGUAAAUUAAAAAAAUUCAAGUUCUUAGACCACAUUCUUUCUGUGUCAGAAACCUAUGCUGUGUCAAAUAUUUAAUAACAAUCCAAAUUCAGAGCUGUAUCAAGCUUGAAUGUUGUGUCCAUACUUGCCCCAACUGUUCAGGGUUCGACCUCUGCGUUCGUAUCAAGCUGCGCCCCAGCGAAGCAUUUUAUUA